GGUAAAUGGUAAAGUAAACUGGUAUUUGUAGUUAGUCCUUUAGCCCAGUCGUUCAGUAUUCAUUUUAUUUUGUGUUUUGGGCACUGUUAGCAAAUUUGAGUAAAAACAGGCUUGUUAAAACUAGAGUAGUGGUUCAAGCUGGCUGAAUUUUGAAAGGCUAACGUCACUUAGCUAUGGCUCGACCAACAAGUGCCAAAACCCAAAUGUCUUACACGAAAUUGAUGGAGCUUGAUGAUUAUGAAGAAACUGCCGGACCUCCCAGCAAGAAGUCAUUGUUUUUUGUCAAAGAUCCACAUAAAGACAGCCUUUGUAAGGUCAGGGGGGAUCCAAUGUCAUCCCACCCAAUCAGAGAGCAGAGACAGGCAGCUGCCUCAGAACAACAGAGUUUUGUUUUAAAUGCGGAUGGGAUCAGCCAGACGGAGAGGCCUGGAGAGGAUAUCGACUACCAGCCUAAAUGCACACCAGCCACAUCAAAGCCUGUGUUAAGUCAGAGGACGCUUCCUGUCACUCAUUGGUUACCCAGACCAUCCCCUCUCAGCCCAACAGGGGGCAGACCUCCAAAGAGGAAUCCAUCAGGUAGGUGUUUUUAAGGAGAGAUUCCACCAUGAAGUCCCCAGGACCAGGAUUGCGACUGGGACUGUCACGCUUGGCAAAGGUCAAACCCCUGCACCCCACUACUACUGGUAACUGACUCUUGCCAAGUUAAAAAUUUAACAGCAUCUUUUUCUUUUUUCAUGCUGCUACUUUUAGUUUAUGCCUUAUAACAUGCACUUUCUGUAUUGUCCGUAGUUGUACAUAAUUUUUUUGCAGGAUUUAAACAUUGGUUGGUAACUUUGUUGCCGAUAUGUUUUUAUUGAACAAACUGACAGGAAGUAAAAUACAUUUUACCAAAACUGGGAUCCUCCCCCCUCCUCCAUCACCCCCAAGAGAAUUGGUCAGAUGUUUGAAAAAAUUUAAUAAACGCAAUAUACUUUCAUAGUUUUUAUGUCUCCACUAUUAUUCUACAAUGUGAAAAAUUGCAAAAAUAAAGAA